AUGCUCACACGAUUCCUUGCGGUAGGACUUCUGAGCUUCGCUAGGCCUGCUCGAGCCAGCUAUGGAUUUUACGUCGGAAAAGGUCUGACACAAGAUGGCAGCGUUAUGCUAGGCGGGACCGGAGAGGAAGUGUCUUCACAUUGGCUACAAAUCUUCCCGGCCAAAGAUCACGCCCCAAACGCGACAAUCACCGUUGGAGUUACCGAAGCUGCAUCUAUGCCAGGCAAAUUGAUGAACAUUUCUCAAGUGCCUCACACGUUCCGUUAUCUUUCCAUGGAAUACUCCGACUUCGAAGGCUUCCCUCCUCCUCUGACGAACGGCGGUGUGAACGAGAAGGGCGUUGCUGUUAGGGACAUCUGGGCUCAAAAUCGAGACGACCUCAUUGCCAUGACGCCGAACCCUCAGACUGGAUUGCAAUACUCCGAUUUAGCUCGCAUCGUGAUGGAACGAGCGAGCACAGCACGCGAAGGCGUAGAGCUCCUUGGCCAGAUGAUUGCAGAAUACGGAUACUCGGACUAUGGUGGCAACUCGCAUCUAAUUGCAGACGCAAACGAAGGCUGGGUCGUAUGGCAGAUGUCGGGAGGUCAGAAACUUUGGGCAGCGGAACGUCUAGGCGAGAACGACGUACGUGUGCUUUACCCAGGGUACAUUGAGGACUUCCCGGUCGAUUUUGAAAACAGUUCAGACUACAUGGGUAGUCCUAAUAUCGUGAGCUUCGCCGUCGAACAAGGCUGGUGGAACCCGAAUGGCACCGAGCCUUUCAACAUCUUCAACGCGUAUGCCUACCAAGCGGAAGGAUACACCGCUCGAGACGGAGGCGCCAAGUACAUGUCCCAAGCCGCUCUUGAAAACGCUACCCGUGCGAUGGCUCCUGUGACGGAGAAAGACCUUAUCGAGCGUGUUCGCGAUUACCGCAUUUCAGACGACGAAGCCGGGUACGGUCAAGUUGUCUCCCUUCGUGCAGACAUGGAUCCGGAUCUGAUUCGCAUCUGGGUCGCGCCAACCAGCUCCGUAACAGCACCAUUUAACCCGUGGUGGCUGGGCGUGAAGAGCAUUCCACCUGAGUACGGUCUGCACCGCUACUUGUACAAAGACGCUGCCUCGACCUUCCUGGACACAGACUACCAGCACCAAGAAGCCACGCAAUUUGCUGGUCGCAUCUUCAAGCAGGUAUUGUACUACACUUGCUCGGACCCGGAAACGUACCUACCUAUCGUUCAGAACAUGUUACAUGGGUUCGAAAAUGCUUCAUUUGCGGAUAUUGAGUGGGUGGAGCGUACUGCCAAGACAAUGGUGGAGAAUGGAAUGCGAGACGAUGCCCUUGAACUUCUGACUUUCUAUUCGCAUACUAGGGCGGAGAAGGCGCUGGCUCUUGGAAAGACCAUGGUCGAUGCGCUCGAUUCGUAUGUUAAGCUUAUGGGCCAGUUCCGCAUGCCGAUCGGUGACCGCAUUAACGAUCCAGGACUGGGAGCUGAGACUGUAAACUGCUUGGUUGGCUGGGAUCCUGACCAGCCAGCUGAUCAACAGAGACCCUUGAAGAAGUUCAGACGUCAGGUUUGA